GAAAACGCUUAUCACUAUGUCGGAAACGGCGCCUGUUGCAGCUCCUGCUGUCUCCGCUCCUGGGGCAAAAACUUCCGCUAAAAAAACGAAGAAGACGCCAGCUACUUCUAAAGCCCGCAAGCCUCCAGGUCCCAGCGUGACCGAGCUGAUCACCAAGGCGGUGUCCGCUUCCAAGGAGCGCAAAGGGGUCUCGCUGGCAGCUGUUAAGAAGGCUCUGGCCGCCGGAGGGUACGAUGUAGAGAAAAGCAACAGCCGCAUCAAGCUGGGGCUCAAGAGCCUGGUAAGCAAGGGCACCUUGGUGCAGACUAAAGGCACCGGCGCAUCGGGCUCCUUCAAACUCAAUAAGAAGCCUGGCGAGACCAAGGAAAAGGCACCGAAGAAAAAGCCAGCGGCAAAGCCUAAGAAACCAGCUGCCAAGAAGCCCGCCAGCGCCGCCAAGAAACCCAAAAAAGCUGCGGCCGUGAAAAAGAGCCCGAAGAAAGCCAAGAAACCAGCAGCUGCCGCAGCUAAAAAAACGGCCAAGAGCCCGAAAAAGGUGAAAGCCGCCAAGCCUAAGAAGGCAACUAAGAGCCCGGGUAAGGCCAAAGCGGUGAAGCCUAAGGCGGCUAAGCCCAAGCCGACGAAGCCUAAAGCAACGAAGGCUAAGAAGGCAGCGCCCAAGAAGAAGUAAACGGGCUAGAAAAAAUGUCAUGCAGAGAAAUCCAACGGCUCUUUUAAGAGCCACCCACCCUUUCCCAGAGGAGCUGAAACACCAGGUUCUCUUAAAUAACCUCGUGCUGCUUUUCAUGAAGCGCCCAACUUUCAGAAACGAAAGUAAUAGAAAAUAGGGAGACAAAAUUAGAAUUCAGUUUUGUACAUUUUCCUUCGCCCGCGACAAGAAAUAACAAUAUCAGUUCUUUAAAAUGCGGGACGUCAAUUCAUCUAUAUUCGAGCUGGGUGUAUUAAAAUCGAUCCAGAGCAUCAGCCCAAAUUCACGAUCACUAGCAGCCAAAUUCUUCCCUUAUCCACCCAGCAGAAAACAACAACCCACAACGAAGGGGAACGAGCUUUAGCAAUCAUGCUUAUUGUGUAAAAGGAGGGGGAAGGUGGCCAUUCCUUGCACAUGAGCUUCGGUCCAGACAGGAUUUAUUGUCUAGUAGGAGGGGCGAGUGAGGACUGCGUGUGAGGGCAAACUGCGUGACCUAGACACACACACUUUACUGCCUAGCUGGCAGUGGUGGGAUCAGGAUUAAUCCCGUUGGUGAGUUUGAAAAGCCCGCGCUUUGCAAGGAUUGGCCUGUGGCAACUCGUUCCCGCUUCUCUUAUUGGAGGUAGGGAGAGUCACUGUUAAAUCCAUAGGUCCCCAUGUAAGAUGGUGAGUUCUGUGUGGAGUACUGUCAAUUUACCAAGUACAAAAUACCUCACACGGGGAUUUUUGUUUAUCUUCAAAUCAGAUAUGUCGGGCACUUGGAAACUUUUAUUCUCUGAAAGUGGAGCACUAAUAACGGGGAAUGGGGGGGAGGAAGCAUUUUUCAUUGUUCUCCCUUUUUCAUUGAUUAAUACCUAUUCUGUUCAUAAUCUCCUCCAUCACCACCUCUGCUUUCUAUCUUUGUUUCUCUCCCGGGCUGUGCUUUCAGUCUUUUACCCAAUUCUCUAGAAAUCACAUCCUUACUGAUGCUUCUCAGAAUGACCUUCACUCGAAUACAUUAGGAAUUCCCUAAGGGUUGGGAAGGACAUUUAGAUCUAGUGUAAACCUCUGCCAGUUGUUCCAACUGAUAACCGUUGAGAUUUCUAUCCCGUAUAUGGACCUGCCAUUAGAGAAGAAGGAAACACAUUUGUUCCAGAGGGUUUUACAGAUAUUUCCUUACAACACAAGAAUGUUGAGAUUCCGGAAUCCUAGGUUUUAUUCCAGACUCUAGAGGGGAGUGUUUUCUAUAGUUACAGACCCUUCUGCCCUUUUCCAUCUUUAGUGUGACCCUUCCUUUCUAUACAGACCCUUCUAACUUGUCUAUGUCCUAGCCCUCCCCCUUCACCAUCUCCUGUCUCCUGCUCUCUCACCAAGCUCUUCACCCCUCUGAAUUCCAGUUGAAUAUAUGCUUCUUCAUCCUGCCUAUAUGCCAAAAGUGGGGGCAUGCAAACUAUAGAAAAGGCAGUCUCCCUGCUUUAAUUUCCAGUGCCUGAACCACAGUGAUCCUUGAUAGAUGCCAGGAGUUUUUGCAGGGGAAGUUCUGCUUAACUGUCUGAGGAGGGACAAUAGUAAGGGAAGCCAAUCUUCAGACAAUUUAGGUGCCAAACGAAAAAUGCUCUGCUGAACAUGUAUGGAUUGAGAGUUUUCAGAGGCUAAUAACUUGUCCACACUGGGAUAGAUUUUCAUGGGGAUAACAAAAAGGAUAUCCCUGACACUUUUGUGGCCAGUCUGCUUAAUGUCAAGUAUGUGCCUUAAAGCAUAGAGGAGCUUGAGCUUCUAAAGACAACCAUUGUGAGAACAUUUUAAUGUGGGCAAUAAAAUGUAUUUCCCCACAAUUUUAAUCAAUGGCUGAACUUUUUCUUUGUGGCAAUUAUAUUGACUUCAGUGAGAUUGAACUGGUGUAAACUAUGAAUGUUGUGAUGUGUGGCAGAUGCACUCUGCCAGCAUUAAACAAGGUUUGGGGGUUGUCAAGCCUGUUAUACAUCCUUUUAACUUUUUUUUUUUAAAUUAAAGAUAUAGAAAAGGAAAAAGCAGUUCAAACAUUAAAAUGUAAAGUAUUAAACAAGGCUUUAAUUUUAAUAAUAUCCUUUGUUCUUUUUCCCUUUAGUUGGAGAGAGUUUUAGAAGGAAAACCCUUGUGGUGAUAUCAAAGAUGGUAAUAAAUGUCCUUUUGGGGAGAAGAGGUUUGUUGACAUGGGCUGGAGCUAUUGUUGUUAAAGUCCAAUCCCAUUUCAUCGAAGGUGGUGUAUGCAAUUCAUCUGGAGCUGGUAGAUGUGGCAAUUAUCAGAAGGGUAGCCAUGUUAGUCUGGAUCUGUAAAAAGCAACAGAGUCCUGUGGCACCUUAUAGCCUAACAGACGUAUUGGAGCAUAAGCUUUUGUGGGUGAAUACCCACUUCAUCCGACGCAUGUGGUGGAAAUUUCCAGAGGCAGGUAUAAUACCACCACAUGCAUCUGAUCAUCUAAUUUUGACAGAUUCGUUUGUAAUACUGAGACACACUAUCUAUUUUAUCUUCCUU